AUGCCGAGAAAACGAGCUUGUGAUUCCUGCCACGAGAAAAAGAUUUCAUGCGAUGGAGGCACCCCACGAUGUGACUGGUGUAACCACCGCAAUCUAGACUGCACAUAUCACCGAGCCUCCGCAGCUAGCCGGAAAAGGCCUCAGCCAGCUGAAUUCAGCUUACAAGAUGAAAUCGAGCAACGGCUUGAACGGCUAGAAAGUCUACUCCAGGGAUUGCGGCGAACAGACAGAGGCGACCCAUCACCGCCUGCGGAAAAUAGUGACAAACUUCCGAGUAGGAGCCAGCCUCCUUCACACGGCGGCAUCUUCUACGGCAGUCUCUACUUCGCUGGCUGCCAUCUCGGAGACAUCAGCUCUCGAAAUGGGAUCCCAAUCUUCUCAGAUGAAGGGCGGAAAUGGGUUCAGGACAGAACAGGCGAAACCGCGGCGCUGGAAGGCGGACAAGAGCUGAGCGAAAUGGACUUGGAUUUCGCCCAAAAUAAGCUGAGCGAUCUUGCACUACUUGGUGGACACAACUCAGCUCCUCCCCUGCCCACGAAGGCUACAGCCCAGUCUUGUCUUGACAUCUUCCGAGCGUCAACUCUACAGGUCGUGUUUCCCGUUGUUGACCUCAGCACGUUCCAGGACACCAUAGACCGAGCGUACGAGGGGACCGCCGAAUCGACUCGUGCCAUGGUCUGCGUCCUUUCGUUCAUCUCCUUCCUUUCACUUCUCGAGCCGCAGAAAACUGCAGAAUUACUGCCUGAUGUUGAAAUGUACGCUACGAAAGCCGAGCAGCUGCUUCUAUUAACCAUGGCUGAGCCAACAAUAGAGGGCCUCCAGGCCGCGCUUCUGCUAUGCUUAUAUCUCGACUUUUCGGGCCAACUUCAAGCAGCCUCGAUGCUCCAUUCUCUGGCAUCAAGGAGUUUGUUCAUGCUCGGGGGCCAUCUAAAACCGAAGCCACCCUCUGGCGCGACCCCAGACGAUGCUCGGCUACGUCACCUGCGUACACUGUUCUGGCUCUGCUAUUUCUGUGACAAGCAUAUCUCGCUUCGCACCGGCCAGCCACAUGCUAUAGCAGAUGACCAAUGUGACCUUGCGCUUUGUGAUGAUUAUACCGGACUUGAUUUCAUUGAUCUUAAGAUGGAUGGCCCAAGCUUGACGCAAUAUCUUCCCAAGCCCCUGCAGCCUAGCGAUUUGGGUCUGACCAUCAUCAAGUCCAAAGUUUUCAGCUUACUUUUCACGCCGAGCGCCCUUAAAAAGUCGGACACCGAGAUUCUGCAUACUGUGCGUAUGCUCGAUGAGGAGCUCGAGAGAUGGCGCAUGUCUGUACCGCAGUCUGUGCGCCCCAGCCUCUCUUCGGUGACUGAUCCCGCGGAUCCGAGCUUGCAGCACGAGUUCGGCAUGCUGUUGAUAUUUGUACGUUUUGAGUAUCUCUAUCUCUUAUCCGCUAUUCAUAGGGCAUGCGGGAGAUGCCAGGCUUGGUCUGUCGAUGGCGGAGUUCCCAAUGCAGUGAGGUCGAGUCUCCUACUCUCCGUUGAAGCAAGUCGCUCGACCUUGGUCUACCUCAAGGUGGCCUCAGAAAUGGUGCACCGGGAAUCUUUCUGGCUUGUCAUCUUUUACCCUCUUUGGGCAUCUGUGACAUUAUUCUGCAAUAUUAUUUACAAGCCGUUGGCCCGGCAUGCACAGAGUGAUGUCGAGCUCGUCAGCGCCGUCCCUUAUUUGCUGAAGAAGUUGAGGGCCCGGGAGCCAACUCCUAGCGAAGCUCUGCACUUGCAGAGACUGGAAGCAUUCAUCGCCGAGCUGAUUCACUUGGCAAACAAGGCGAUUUACAAGCAUAGAAUUGAGAAUCCAACCGCGCGGGGCAAAGAGUAA